AUAAAAAUGGGCACAAAUUAAUUUCUUUCGACGCGCUUCACUCAACGCUUGAUGAUAACGCGUAUUGGAUACUCGCAGCACAUUUCCUUCAACAGUAUUUUGCAAGAUGUUUAAAGUUAUGUUUCUCCCCGCCCUGAUCCUAGUCUUCAUAUUGCCUGUGACAAGUGUUCAAGUGUCCACUGCUCUCAAAUUCGGAGAUGAUGGAAACAGUCUAAUUUCCUUACAACCCAACAUGUCACCUCUUACUGACAAGUUUACUGUUUGUCUUUGGUUUAAGGCGCUCCGAGGGAGUACGAGUGCAGUGAUAUAUGCCUACGAACAAGGUGAAAUGUAUUUGUAUGACAACAAAGGUGACAACAAUCUGUUUGGAGCAAGUAAUUACCUCCCUAGUGAGUUCAUAACUCCAAUGCGAGAAUGGACCCACUAUUGUGGAACAUGGAGUCUUGCUUCAAGGACGAACCGAGCGUACAUUAACGGUAAACUAGCUGGUUUCAAGAUCACAGCCUCUGGAAGAAGAUUGAAAACAGGUGGAACUCUGGUGUUGGGAGAUUAUAGAGAUCCCGCAGUUCAUGGCAAAUCUGGUCACCACUUUGGAGGAGAGAUGUACAAUAUUAACUUCUUCUCCAAAGAGUUAACUGGUAUUGAAGUUGCAGCAAUAUCAGCAGAUGGGCUCUGUACAGAGAUCCCUGAGGAGCUGGAGCAAUACCGGGCAAUCAGAUGGGAGGAUCUGUUGAGACUUCCUAGACGUGGAAACGUUCAAGAUAUCGACAGUGGAUGCAGUGAUUUUAUCGGAGAAAAAGAAACUCUUCGGUUGAGUCUGAACAACACACAAGCAGAACUGCAAAAGUUACAGAGACUGUUCAAUUCUACCCAGGAGGAGUUACGGACUGUGAAGAGAAAUCUUCUAUCUACGACAGAGGAACUCAACAGCACUAGGAUUGAACUUGAAGAGACGAGGACCAAGCUAGAUAAUUCAACUCUAAAAGAAGCAGGAUGUACUGACGAAAUGAAGGUGGUGAAGGGACGUCUACUCUUAAAGGCGGAGGGGCUUAAUGCAACAAGAAUAGAACUUAAAGGAGUAGUUCUUGCAUUGAAUGAAACUAGGGCCGAACUAAAAGACACGGCACUCAAAUGGAAUAAAACAACUGUAGAGUUGAAUAAAACUAGGACCGAACUUGAUGGCACAACUCUAAAACAUUCAGGAUGCACUAAGAAGCUGAAUGAGGCGCAGAGAACUUUUCACUCAAAAGAAGAGGAGCUCAAUGAAACAAAAGUUGAACUAAAAAGCACUGCACUCGAACUAUUUGAAAUUAAAGCUGAGCUCGGGGACACAGAGUUGGAACUGGUUGAAACAAAACUGAAGAAUGUCAGUGAGACUAAAUGUGCCCUGCAAAAAGGGUUUCUGACGAAAUGGGACGUCUUCUACUCUUGUGAUUACUACAACAAAACCUUCACUCUCCGGCUAUAUAAACAGCUACAGACAACGUGGGCCUCCCUUACUCGCAGAUUAUUGGGUAUGACUAUCACUGAGAAUCUUAUUGAAAUCAUCAAAGAAAUGGACGAGGAAAACAGCUGUGAUGAAGUUUAACCUUUCCCCUAAAAUAUAUUGUGAUACGUUACACUUUGUAAACCUAGAGUAAACGUGAUUUAACUUUACUGAAACUUUCAAUUAAGAUACGAUAUCUUUUUGUUGUCUCCGCAUUAAUUUUAAGAAGUGAACCAGUACAGCAUGGUUUAUAAGUUAAAACUGUGUAUCUCACUGUGUAUUUCACUGUGUGGGUGUGUGCUAAAUGAACCCAAGAAGAGCUCAUGUUGCGACGUGAGACGUGAGUACAAGCACCUUUAGGCUUUAGAGUUAGCAUUUCCGACUGUACUUCAAUAUAUCGCACAUUUUUUCCGUUUUUUGUUAAAUAACGAGUUUAAGAGUGAAUUUAAUCAUACUUGUCUUCAAGUAUGAUAUAUAUGUUUUAUGUAUUUCAAUAUUUGUUUGACAUGUGAAUUCUUGCUGUCCAUUUUU